GCCUUCUAAGGAAGAUGGAAGCAGUGAGUGCUAUAUUAAAGCGGGCAAGACCGAGAGGCUCUUCACUUCACCACGGGCGGACGCACGUCAGCAGCGUCCCAGCUUCCAGGUUCCGUCUGGCGGACAGCCCCACAGAUGCCAGCAGCAGCAGCAGCAGCAGCAGCGCGGUGUUGCGGCGCCGCCAGAAAGGCCGUGUGGCCCGUCUGCGACAUGAGCCUUCCAAGUUGCUGCCUUUGGAGGAGGAGUCGCAAUAUAGGAUGGCAAAGACACGAUGUGUACCAUCAGCUCCUUCUUCCCAGAGGUCCCUGAGCUUGGACAGGCUGCAGCAAGGGGCACUGCACAAGGCCAGCCACGAGGACAUCAGGGACGCCACAAAAUCCUCGGGCUCUCAGGAUGGCCCCUCGAGCAACGUCAGCAACACUAACAAUUGCCAGGACUCACUGAACAACGCCCCCAAGAAGAAGGGCAUCACCAAAUCCAUCCGCUGGUUGCUCGCCAGAAGACAAAAGGUCCACCCCAGCCACACUAGCGACGAGCCUGCAUGACCAGGUUGGUGUCCCCUGCGUGUUUCCAGCGUGUGGGUGGUCUUACUGGCCUCAUUCCUCUAGAUCCGUGGUCUCUCUGCCUGCAGACCCCUCCCCGUGUCGGGAGACCUCACGUGGCUGUGGACACCCCCCACCUCCCAUUUCAUCACUCUGCUUCCCCACAGCCACUGAAUUGCAGCCACUGAAUUGAAAACCCUUCCCAGCGUGCCCUGGGACUCAGCAAAUUGGGCGGACAAGCUGAAAAACACCAAAAACUU